AAUAUUAUAUAAAGCGGGAUAUAUAUGUAAAUCACAAAUAAAAAACUAAUACUUCGCAGCUUCUGUGACUGUGAGCGUGUUCCUCUACUUCUCCUCUCUUGGUAUCGAUUGGCCGGCGAGGAGGACGAUGAACAAGCCUUCGCUGAGCAAUACGUACGAGUAUGGAGAUGCCGAGUACUGGGAUGCGAGGUAUUGGGAACAGGCCGGCUCGUCCUUCGAUUGGUACCAGCGAUUCUCCGCCCUCCGCCCCUUUAUUAACAAAUUCAUCCCAAGCUGCUCUAAAAUUCUCAUGGUCGGCUGCGGAAAUGCGCGUAUUUCGGAGGAUAUGGUGAAGGAUGGAUAUGUAGACAUAAUGAACAUUGACAUUUCAUCAAUAGUGAUAGAAAUGAUGAGAAAGAGAUGCAUGCACAUUCCUCAGUUGAAGUAUUUGCAAAUGGAUGUAAGGGAUAUGAGCUUCUUUGAGGACGAAUCAUUUGAUUCUGUGAUUGACAAAGGUUUUUGCUUUUCAAUGAUAUUGUGCUUUGGUGCACUUCUUGAAAAUUUAGAACUAUCUAAACAUUAUCAGCUGAUGAAUCUUCUUUUUCUAUUUAUUUUCUUUGGUGAUGCCUUGUUGACUUUUUUAUAUGAAGGGACUCUGGAUUCUUUGAUGUGUAGCACUGAUGCUUCGUUCAGUGCUUUUUUGAUGAUAGAAGAAGUGAACAGGCUUCUUAAACCUGGUGGGAUAUAUAUGUUGAUAACUUAUGGUGAUCCAUCAGUGAGGAUUCCUCAUUUGAAUCAACCCGGAUGCUGUUGGAAAAUUACUUUGUACAUUAUACCCAGGGCAGGCUUUGAAAGUGUUGUGGGCAGUAGUAGCUCACUGAGAUCAGUCAUGGAGCCUGUUCCACUUACAGAAGAGGGUUUACUUGCACCAGAAUAUGUUCUUGAAGAUCCAGAUUCUCACUAUAUCUACAUCUGCAAGAAGAUGGAGGAUUAAGCGACCCCCAUAUAUUUUGAAUCAUUUUUUUUUAGAUUGAAAAGUACUGCGCUAAUGCCCAUUUUUAGCUGCUGUUAUCUUUUCCUAGUUUUUGUUGCAGUUUGUUACAAAAUGUCUUUGAUCUAUCUGUGUUUCAAAGGAAAAACAAAAAUAGAGAAAUGAAAAUAAACCGUUUAACUAUUUUUUUUUU